AUGUCCUCAUUGCCUUGCAUCCGCAUCGUCGGGUCCGCUGCCCACGAUGUCAAAACUGAAUUGAUGAAGGCGCUCGAAAACGCUGGAUUUACCACGCACCCUGAGAUGAGCUGCCAUGAGUCUAAGCAAGCGGACGGCGACGGUGACGUAUUCACGGUAUGUGUGGAUAGUGCUGACGAGAAUAUGUGCCCACGAUCGAUCUUCCAUCACUAUCAAUAUCGCUAUCUGUGGGGAGAGCUGAGCAGUGUUCAGGAGUUUAUCCACUGCUUGCAGGACUUCCUUCGGACUGUCUCGGGAAAAGAUAUCAGUAAUAUAAUCAACGGCGCGGAAACGGACUCACCGGGUGCUCAUGACGCGCCACGUGGUCGCUUUGUCAGUACGCGUGGUCACAGUGAUAACGCCACAUUCACCACUGUUGUCUUGGAGGGCCUUGCAAAGGAUGGGGGCCUUUAUAUCCCAACGCACCUCCUAACCAUGCCGCCUUCCCAGCUCGACUAUUUUUUCCGAACCCGCGGGCUACGUUACACUGAGGCCGCACAGAUAAUAUUGGAGCAGCUCGUGGACAACAGUAUCAGCCCUGCAGUGCUUCACUCCCUCAUAAUGCAGGCAUAUGAUCCGUGUCGCUGGUCUGGCAAGGAGGAUAUCUGUCCGGUGACGCCCUUGCUUGGAGACAAGAUGGGUAUUGAGGCGGCCUGCGCGGAUACACCGACCAUGGAUUGGAAGCAUGAUAUUUCUGUGAUGGAGCUCUACCAUGGACCCACUGCUGCCUUCAAGGACUUUGCUUUGCAGCUUUUCCCACUCUGCUUCAACGCGGCCGCCGAUGGGAAGUGCAAGGACGGCCACACUGAUUCUACUGCCGAGAUUCAGAAGGUUGAGGAAGAAGGAUCGACGCGAAAGGAAAGGCCCUCAUAUCUGGUCCUGACCGCCACCUCUGGUGAUACCGGUGUCGCUGCGAUCAGCGGGUUCUCUAAUGCGGGUGGGCGAAGCAAAGUAAUGAUUCUCUACCCGCUGUACGGGGUCUCGCCUGUUCAGCAGCUACAAAUGCUUUCCUACGAUAACGGCAUACGAGUGCGUGUGUUUGGUAUUGAUUCAAAUUAUGAUUUCUGCCAAAAAUCCGCGAAAGCCGUUUUUAUGGACUCUGAUUUGAUUUCUAAGCUCGCUGCACUUAAGCCACCACUGAGGCUGUCCUCUGCAAACAGCAUCAACUGGGGUAGGUUUAUUCCACAGGUGGUGUACUACUGCUGGGCGUAUCGUCAUUAUGUGCAGAGCAGCAGCGAACUCAUAACGAGCGGUAGGGCAUGGAGCUACGGCGACCCUAUUGACAUCGCUGUGCCGUGCGGUAACUUUGGGAAUAUAUUGUCCGGGUACUAUGCGAAGCUCAUGGGGAUCCCGAUUCGGAAACUCAUUGUUGCAUCUAACAAGAAUGAUGUACUUUUUGAGUUUAUCGAAACUGGGUGUUAUGAUCUUCGUAAGCGCCGACUCGAGCCGACCGCCUCACCGUCGAUUGAUAUCCUAAAGGCUUCUAACGUGGAGCGGCUUUUAUAUCUGCUCAGCGACGGCGACACGUGCCUGGUGGAGGAGAAAAUGGCACAGCUGGAUACACAAAAUUACUUUGAAAUCAACGCCGAAAUGCGAAGGCGCAUGACGGAAAGCUUUGUGGCAUAUCGGUGUGACGAGGAGGACUGCGCAGCGAUGAUCAAGGAGGUGUUUGACGCUUCUGGAGGCCGCCGGCUGCUUGAUUCUCACACAGCUGUAGCGAUGCACGCGGCCAAGGUCUUCCGCGAGGGGCAGCUUCGAGGUUGUAACCUUGACUCCCGCCAAGGUAUUCCACCGCUGGUUGUCCUGGGCACGGCGCACUGGGCGAAAUUCCCGGAGGCGGUCCUACAUGCUAUCAGAGGCGAGGAGAUGGUUCACACGCCCCCUUCUUCACACCCGGAGGAGACCAUGCGGCACGUGUGGGACUUGUACAAGCGGAUACACGAGAUGCACCCCGCCGGCGCGGUGUCGGGCGCAGGAAACUUGACACAGGAGGUACAACCAGCACUUGCCAAGGCUCUGCAGCCGUCUGGGUUCAGUACUAACAAACCUCGCAGUCUUCCAGUAGAUGUGGAGGCAGUAAAGGAGGAAGUGAUUCAGUUCUCGGCUGUGUAA